CUCCACUACCAUCUCCUACUCCACGACUCUCCCUCUCUCUCUCUCUCUCUUCUCGAACUUGGAAGCCUUUUUCCGCUUUCGCCCUCGGAAAUGGCGGAUAUUUACCGUAUUGCCACUGUGUUCUCUGUCGCGUUCUUCAUCAGCUGCCUCGCCGGGCCGUCCGACGCGGCGCUUGUGCAGCAACAGCCGCUGGUGCUGAAGUAUCACAAUGGCGCCCUCCUCAAGGGCGACAUCACCGUUAACCUCGUCUGGUACGGACGCUUCACCCCCGUCCAGCGCUCCAUCGUCGUCGACUUCAUCCACUCCCUCAGCUCCCCCGUGGCGGCCCGGGCGCCUCUCCCCUCCGCCGCCUCCUGGUGGAGGACCACCGAGAAGUACCGCGGCGGCUCCUCCAACCUCGUCGUCGGCCGGCAGGUCCUCCACGAGGCCUACACCCUCGGGAAGUCCCUCAAGAGGUACCACCUCCUCGCCCUGGCCAACAAGUUCAACGCCGUCAACUCCAUCACCGUGGUCCUGACCGCCGCCGACGUCGCCGUGGAGGGCUUCUGCAUGAGCUGCGGCCGCCACGGUACCACCCGUGGGGGGAAGUCCACCUACGUGUGGGUGGGCAACUCGGAGACCCAGUGCCCGGGGCAGUGCGCGUGGCCGUUCCACCAGCCGAUGUACGGACCGCAGACGCCACCGCUGUUGGCCCCCAACGGCGACGUCGGGGUGGACGGGAUGAUCAUCAACAUAGCCACCCUCCUGGCCGGCACCGUCACGAACCCCUACAACAACGGGUACUUCCAGGGCCCGGCCAGCGCGCCGCUCGAGGCGGUGUCCGCCUGCACUGGGAUAUACGGGUCGGGGGCGUACCCGGGGUACCCCGGCCGGGUCCUGGUGGACAAGACGACGGGAGCGAGCUACAACGGGCACGGGGUCAACGGGAGGAAGUUCCUGCUGCCGGCGAUGUGGGACCCUCAGACUUCCGCGUGUAAGACGCUCGUGUGAGAGGGGCUCGCACGUGGCAGGUGAAGAAGGGUGGGGGGAGGACCGCCGAGUUGGCGUCGCGCUGAUCGGACGGAAGGUAUUUCUUCACGUGGUCUAUACGUCGAAAGGGUACGAUAAUGAUGGGAUUCCCGCUCUGGGAAAGGGGUAUGACGUGUAAAUUUGGGUUUGAAAGGUAAAAGAUGAAAAAAAAAAAAAGAGAGAGAGAGAGGAAAUGAGAUAUCAGAGUAUGGAAAAUAACGAAAAUGUAAAUAAAGGAAUUAUAAGUACUUGCACUGCGUUUGAAUUUUGGAUAUUUGAAUACCCAUUAUUUUUCUCUUU